AUAAAUCAGAGAUAAGUUCAAAACACAAAUUGUAUUAAGACAGAGGUGUGCGUAAAUUUCAGGCUCUGUCGUUGUAUUAUGAUAUAACGAUUGUGUCAGAUGAUCAUGGGAUAUAAAGUUUAUGCUCCGACUUGUUGUUUACGCUGUAGGAUCUUUACGUAAAUGUAGUCAAUAUGAUCUUCAGUUCCAUAGAAAAAUUUCAAAUGAUUUUUUAUAAGCUUGUGUAACGUGAUGAGGAAAUACACGAGGCAUGUACAAUGAAAAUUUAGUUUUUGUUAGUAGUGAAGUGUUUAGCUAUGAUUAAUACUCUUUGAUGUCCAUGUGGAAGAAUUUUUAGUACAUAUAGUAACAUGCUCUGAGUUACACCGACUUCUGAAAUAACCAAGAUCAUUUUGUUGUUGUCUAUGUAUUAAACCUGAAUAUUUUUAAUCAUGUUAAAGGACUUUUAAAACAAAUGUAAUCAAAGAAAUGUUUUAUGAGUCAGUGGCACGAAGACAUUGUAUGGAGUAAGGAGGAAGUUGUUGACAUUUUCCCAUCCCAAGUGUGUCUAUUGACAUGUGUAUCUUAAUAUAGUAUUUAUAGAUCCCAAAUAAGUUGAUGAUUAGAUAGAGAUGAAUCAAUAUAAAGCGAUAAAUACGUAGUCACAUGACUAACUCAUCUACCAAGCUCUGUCACAUGAAAUCCCCCAACGUUGAUAGGUAGAUGAGGGACAAAGAAAACGAGGAGAUUUUAGAAUCGGGAUUUAGAUGAGGACAGGCAUGCUUGCAUGGGUAACAAUGUGAGUCGCCGCUCCAGAAUGGCCACUGUUGGAGAACAGAGCCCGAUUGUGAGUAAUCACACCAGGGAUAAGGCAACCAAGGCCAAAGUCACUCUGGAAAACUACUAUUCCAAUUUGGUAUCACAGCAUGAGGAGCGAGAAAAUAGAUACCGCCUGUUGGAGCAGUCCAUGGACACUGAUGGCCUCUCAGAAGAACAGAAGUUGGAGAGAAGACAGCAACAUGCUACCAAAGAAACAGAGUUCCUCAGGUUAAAGAGGUCAAGGUUGGGGGUAGAGGAUUUUGAACCAAUCAAAGCCAUAGGCAGAGGGGCCUUUGGAGAGGUGCGGCUUGUUCAGAAGAAGGACACAGGCCAUGUCUAUGCCAUGAAGAUUCUCAGAAAAGCAGACAUGGUAGAGAAAGACCAGAUUGCCCAUGUGCGAGCAGAAAGAGACAUUCUUGUAGAGGCUGACCAUCAGUGGGUGGUCAAAAUGUAUUAUUCCUUCCAAGAUCAGCAAAAUCUUUACCUCAUCAUGGAGUUUUUACCAGGAGGUGAUAUGAUGACACUGCUGAUGAAGAAAGACACACUAACAGAGGAACAGACUCAGUUUUAUAUAUCAGAGACUGUGUUAGCCAUAGACUCUAUACACAAACUCGGCUUUAUCCAUAGGGACAUUAAACCAGACAACUUACUGCUAGAUGCCAAGGGACAUAUCAAAUUAUCGGACUUUGGCCUUUGUACAGGCCUGAAGAAAUCUCAUAGAACAGACUACUACAAAGAUCUCAAAAAUGCCAAAGCUGGAGAUUUCAGUUCAAAUCCAAUGGAUUCAAAACGAAGGGCUGAAAGCUGGAAAAGAAAUAGAAGGCAAUUGGCCUAUUCUACAGUGGGAACCCCAGACUACAUUGCUCCAGAAGUAUUCAUGCAGACUGGUUACACCAGCAGUUGUGAUUGGUGGUCAUUAGGGGUCAUCAUGUAUGAAAUGUUAAUAGGUUAUCCUCCAUUUUGUUCUGAGAAUCCACAGGAGACUUAUAGAAAGGUCAUGAACUGGAGAGAAACUCUCGUCUUUCCGCCUGAGAUGCCAAUUUCCAAUGAGGCUAGGGAUUUAAUUCAAAGGUUUUGUUGUGAUCCAGACCAUAGGAUAGGUGCUAGUAAUCCGGACGAAAUCAAGUCCCAUGUUUUCUUCAGAGGAGUUGAUUGGAAACACAUAAGAGACAGACCUGCUGCCAUACCCGUGGAAGUCAAAAGCAUUGAUGACACAUCCAACUUUGAUGAAUUCCCAGAUAUCGAUCUCAAGUGGCCUGCCAACAAGGAUGGGGCCCCACAUCAGGGAGCUAAUCAUUCCGCGACAGAAGAUGAUCCUAAAUACAAGGAUUGGGUGUUCAUAAACUACACAUACAAACGAUUCGAAGGACUCACUCAGAGGGGCAGACAGCCAUUCCCUAACACGUAGGCACCGCCCUCACAAAAACAAAAUGGCACUUAAGUUAUUCAUGUACUCAAAGGAAUUGCGUAAUCUCUGGACGGCUCACAAAACAACACCCCAAUGUGUGUACAGGAGCUGAUAUUUUCCUAUUUUGCAGCUUUCACUGUCUGGCGAUGUACUGAUAUGUGUACUAUGUGGAUGCAUUUUAGCGGGGAAUACAUUUUUUUCCUUAGAGAUAUUUUUCACCGGUUUUGUUGUGUUUUUACAUGUGGCGUAGACGGUGAAAUGUGUGGUUGCCAGGAGAUAUGGUUUGGUGUGGUUAAUUUCCACCAUUGUGAUACAGUUUAUUUUGGUUCUAGGAUUAAACUAAAGACAUGAGAAUUAUCUUUUGGUGAUUAUCCAUUUUUCAAAUUUGAUGCUGAAUAUUAUAGUUUGGAAUUGGAGUAGCAAAUGGAUGGGAUUCAAGUUCUGAAACAAUGAAACAUUUCUCCUUUUAUGGAAUAUAUUUUAAAGAAUAAAGAAAUUUCUGUUUUGUUUUCUUUAAUGAUAGUGUGAUAAUUAUGUUUCAUUUAGUUUGAUAAUGGUAUUUUUGUGUUUUGUGCAGUGUCCUGUAAAACUAAAUGUGAGCUAAUGCAAGUUAAAUGUAAAAGUAUGAAAAGACUUGAUAGUUGAUAUGCAUUUUUCCAAAGAUAAUUGACACUGAAAGAAUGAUACAUUCAGCUGCUUGUUCCAUUGCUAUGUUUACAGAGUUAUGGUCCCUGCCUUGUUGACCUCUUGUAAAGUACAUUCCAGCAUUACCUUUAUUUAUUGUAAUGGGAAACCAUUUUUAAUUUAACUUUUACCAAAGUUUUUGGAAUUGAUAGUUCUAAGAUAUUCUACACUCCAAUGAGCAGAGAGGGUAGUAUGUUUUUCGUUUGUAAAACAUCAAAAUUGUAAAGUGCAGCUGUUUUGCAGUAUUCCAACUGAGUUUUCUAUAAAAGUCGCUAACACGAAAAUCUGUUUUGUCCAUUGAUUAAUCAGACAUUCAUCAUAUAGUGCUCAUUAUAUUUAUUUUAGCAUUUUGGAAUAUUAGUACAUUUUUCAUUCCUAUCACUUCUGCUUUAGUUAGUCUGAUCCUUGAAACAUCAUUUCAGAAAGAAAACAAGAAAAUGUAUGUACAAGUAUGUGUAAAAUAGUCAUGAGAAUGCUUUUCUUAUUGGUUUUCGAAUGACAGCCAAUCACUAUGUAUUCAACCUGUAUUAGGAGAGAUCAACAACUUUUUAGAUAUCUGCUAAAGAUGCCUUCAAGCAAUAAUGUUUUUGUAGUUUAAGCAUAUUGUAUUUUGAUUUGGUAAAUUGUUCAGUGAAGUGAUAAUAUAGUUAUCAAGAACUUGUAUAACUUCUUUCAUAUCAUUAUUUUUUUGCUAGCGAUAUUAAUAUUGAGCAUUGUUUUGAUAUUUAAGAUGUUUUAGAUUGGAUGAUUGCAUAUGUGAACUAGGUUAUGUAUAGACGUUAUGUGUGAUACAAUUGUUGAUUUUUAAAAUAAUUUAUAAUUGUUUAAUGCUGAUUGUAGAGAUCUAGCAUGAUUUACAUGAACAUGUAAUAUGACACAAAAUGGACAGAGGUUGAAAGAAUGAGUAAAUGUUUGGUAUAUGCGUACACCAGAAUUUGAUAUAAACACAAGUUUAGCAUCAUGUUUUUAAACAUUACUCACUUUCAUUUCGGCGUAAUCUUUGUUUGACUCACCAUUCUUCUUUCUCUACCUCAUGUAAUACCUGUACAGGCUUCAGAACAUCAUGUUAUACAUAUAUGUAACAAUUUUUUUAUUUUAAGCUCCCAUAAACACAAUAUGACAAACACAUAUAAAUGAAAAAAUAUCAAGAAAUGAACAUUCAAAGAAAUUUUUCCAUUCUUUCAUGUGGAACUGCUUUAUGUCAGUGUUGAAAUAUUUUGGUGCCAUAGCAGUUUGUUAAGUAUAUAACAUUUGCUGUGAUGUCUAUCUGUUAACAAUUUUAAUUCCGAAGAUUUUGUUUUAACUGAAUUGACUUUCUGGUUGAAGUCGUAGUAGCAAUAACUCAGUUGUAGUACACAAUAACAAUCGCUCCCACAAAGAGUUCAAAGGUUAAGAUUCACCUGGGAUGUGUCAGUCACUGUGAUAUGUAGAAUUGUCUCCUUAUGGUGAAUGUUGACAAUAAAAUAUUACCAACCAA